AUGACAAAAGAACACAAACAAGAAUAUCUUGCAUUGAUUAUUAGACAAAAAACUGCAGCACUUGAACGAAACAAACAAAGAUCACACAGAUACAUAACAACUUGUCAAAAUGAAGAAGAACUAUUAAGUCUUUCUAAUCAGCCAAUAUGUAAACCAAAGAAAUUAAAAACGGAAGAAGCAGUACCCAUGACAGAUGAAGAUUUUCUUAUUGCAGAACUCAAUGUUGAUAGUCAACGGUAUUAUGCAUUUGUUGAAACUUUAUUUGUUAUUGAUCAAAAUUAUUUUCCAAGAUUAUCAGAAAUAUCUUAUGAUGAUUAUAUACGUACUAUUGUUGAUACAACAAAUAUUGUAUUUCAAUCACAAAAUGAUCUUGAUAUUAAAAUAGAAAUAAUCAUUUCAAAUAUAGUUUAUUUAAAUAUUGUUCAACCAAAAUCACAAGAACCAUAUGCAUAUGAAUCCAUUCUUAGACAAUCCGUAUCAGAUUAUGAGAGAUACGAUUCUAUUGUAUUACUUUGGUACCAACCUUGGGAAGGACCUCAUGGUGCUCAAGGUUAUGCAAUAUUAAAAGGAGCUUGCCAUCCAAGUUAUAAAAUUAUGUAUGUACUUCCAUAUCAAAAUGCAGCAUUUUAUCUUGCUCAUGAAUUCGGUCAUCAACUUGGACUUAAUCAUCAAGUUGAUACUCCAUGUUUUACAACAUCAUAUAUGUCAGUUAUGACAAAAUCACAUACAGCUUCCUACGAACAAGCACGUUGGACAAAAUGUGAAAAUAAUUGGAUUAAUGAAAAUAUUUGUCUAUUCGAAUGUCUAUUCAAUAAACCAGAUAAUUAUCAACCAAUUAAAAACAAAUAUUCAACAUUACCUGGAAAACGUAUGAGUAAUGAUCAACAAGCAAAAAUGAUUGAACCUAAUUCACGAAGUCUGGGAGAAGUUUCAUCUUUUACAUUUAUGCCAUCCAAUUUAGCUAGUCGAUGUUUAUAUUUACGUUAUUAUAUCGGAGGAUCGAAUGGUGAAUAUAAAUAUGCUUAUAGUCCGAUGUUACCAGGUUCAGAGUGUGGUGAAAAUUCGAUAUGUUAUCUGGAUAAGUGUGUUUCCAAGAAUGAUAUUAAUCCAUCAUUAUUUAAUAAUGAUUUUGAUACUGAAAUACUUUAUUUAAAUACACAUUGUAGUUCUAGUAAUAAUCCAAAAGAAUUAUCAGCUAGUAAUUAUGAUUCACGUCAUAAUAUUGAAUGCAUUGAUUGGGAAAAUGAUUUUCUAUGUGAACCAUCCCAAAGCUGUCCAAAACCUGAUGAUUCAAGCACACUUGAUCUUUAUAUAAAACAUGUAUGUUGUGCAAAAUGUUCAUCAAAGGUUAAUUCUAUUAUUACUCUAUUCAAUCAAGCAAGAGUAUAUCGAACAUCUCCAAUGUUUUUAUUGAUCAUUUUAACAAGUCUUUCUUUUUUCACAUAUAAACUUACUAAAAUACUUUGA